AAUUUCAUUCAAUUCCAUCCUUUCUUUAGAAGAAUCAUAAUUUAUAGAAAUCUCUCCAUUAUCUAUAAUUUCAAUAUUCUUAUUAUUUUCAAGUAUUUGAAUCUUCUUCGGGAUUAUUUUUUUCAAACUUUCUCAACUACCACAUCAAGCUUUGAAAAAGUAGGUAAUAAGGGCAGAGUGAAAAACUGAGGAAAGAAGACGAUGGUGUUCUCUAUUCCUGAAAAAGUCAAUAAGCUCUGGGAUUGCUGGAACAUAAGAGGAUUCAUUAUCUUAAGCCUCUCGGUGCAGGCUUUCUUGAUUCUGUGCGCACCUCUAAGAAAAAGAAGAUGGGGGAAAUGGGGAAAAUGUCUCGACAUAUUGAUCUGGUCAGCAUACUUGCUCGCAGACUGGAUAGCCAGCGUCGCCAUUGGAUUCAUCUUAAGCAACAAGGUGAAAAAUUCUGCUAGAAGUAGUGACAUCCAGGUGCUUUGGGCUCCCUUUCUCCUGUUGCACCUCGGUGGCCCGGACACCAUUACUUCAUUUGCUCUUGAGGAUAAUGAGUUUUGGGUAAGGCACUUGCUUGGGCUUGCGUUACAGUUUGGUUCUACGCUCUAUGUCUUCAUGUUGUCACUUCCAGAGAACAAGCUGUGGCUUCCAACCCUUCUAGUGUUAAUUGCAGGAACAAUCAAAUAUGCAGAGAGGAACCGUGCUUUUUAUUUGGCAAGCUUUGACCAUCUUGGAGGUAAUUGGGUGUCCAGCGAUUGGGGAGAUGGAAUUCCCAUUCCAGCACAAUUCAAAAACAUGGACAACCAGGCAACUUUUGACUUCGGUGACAGGUCAAUAAUAUGGAGUGCAGUUCACCACUUUGGCAGUAUCAAGAGGAUGCUUGUAGGUCCUUUUUUAUCUCUAAAUCAAUGCUCUGAUAUCAGAGACACCUUUCUCCAAGAAGAAGAUUCAACUAAAGUGCUGCGAAUAAUGGAAAUUGAGCUAAGCCUCUUGUACGAGGUGCUCCAUACCAAGUUGCCUGUGGUUGAUUGCAGGACUGGGUACGUUUUCAGGUUCAUAAGUCUGGUUUGCAUUUUGGGAGCCUUGUUUUCAUUCUGGUUCUUUAGGAAGCAUGAGUUGGUUCUGUUUGACGUCUUGCUGACCUGUGUAUUGCUGACUGGGGCCUUGUUAUUGGAUUUCGUGUCUGGCAUAUUGCUCAGUUACUCUGAUUGGAUGUUUGCUGCUCAUUUCCAACGUAUGGCAUCUUUUAUUGAUCGGAAACGUAUGGCAUCUUUUAUUGAUCGGAAAAAUAUGGUAUCUACAUACAUCAGCAAGAGGAAAAGGUGGUCUAAAGUAGUUUCUCAGUUAAAUUUUGUUACUUAUCAUUCUAAGGAUCAUCCAUUUGGGUUCCAAACUGUUGCUGAUUUUCUUCACAUAAAUAGUUUGUUGGAAUCCAUAAAAGGAAUCCGAUGUCUAUCCUCCAAAAGUUUAAGGGAAGACCAAGAAUGGCGCUUCAUUUUCGAUGAAGUGAGAGAACUGAAUGAGUUUUUAAUUCGUAUACUGAAAGACUCGUCAAAGACCGUACUAGAGGCCAAGGAAGUUUGGUUAUGUAGCCGGGAACGAGUUCUUAAGAGCUUUAAACUCCCCGAGCUCACCCAGAUUAUCGCAGGGUUGGAUUACACGGAAAGCAUUCUAGCGUGGCAUAUAGCCACUGAAUUAUGCUUCCAAGGAGCAGACCAAACUUCUCCGCCUAAGACUGAGCGGAUUGAUUACAGAGAAAUAUGCAAGCGUUUUUCAGAUUAUAUGUUCUACCUUGCAGAAAUGCAGCCCAAUAUGAUGGCAGCCGUAUCAGUCAAUUGGAAAACAGUAUUUGAAGCCACACUGGAUCAGACCGAGUCAUUAGUGCCCAGGAGUUCUGUCUCAAAUGAAGUGGAUGCCAGCAGAAAAAUCCUUCAACUGGCUAUAGAUGCCACGGUAGAUUCAGGAGGGAAGGUGAAGAAAUCUCGAUCUGUGUUACAUUGUGCAUCUAAGCUUGCCAGCCAGCUCAAGAUGAUGAAUCAGACAGACAGAUGUCCAUGGGAGCCAUUGAGCAAAGUGUGGGUACAACUAAUGUGCUUUGCUGCUAUUAAUUGCAGGCCAAACGUCCAUGCGCAGCAACCUAGUAAGGGCGGGGAACUUCUCACAUUCGUUUGGUUGUUCAUGAAUCAUUUGGGACUGGGAACUCACUUUUCAACCCAUUACUAAGAUUAGUGACUUUCGCGAAACCCUUCGGUGAAGUUCGAUUCCUGUAUAAUGUCCUUCUUUGUUAUCUUUCUUUUAAUGAGAACUCCAUUGUCUUGUG